AUGCCAAAUGCUUUUGACUGCAGCAAGACCCCAGGCUCUGAGGACGGUACUCAAGCCUUCCGCAACCCCUCUGCUCAAGUCGCCCUUAGGCUCGGAAGGAGCUGCGAACCUCCUGGUUGUCUUGCCACUUUCCUCCUUGUCAAGACAGUAUUGUGGGUACAGCUAGUGGGGCUCUGCACCUGGCUGUUGCAUCUCCUUGGGCUCAUCUUUGGCACCCUUUACCCUGCAUACUACUCCUACAAGGCUGUGAAAUCGAAGGACAUUAAGGAAUAUGUCAAAUGGAUGAUGUACUGGAUUAUAUUUGCCCUUUUCACCACAGCAGAGACGUUCACAGACAUCUUCCUCUGUUGGUUUCCAUUCUAUUAUGAACUAAAAAUAGCAUUCGUAGCCUGGCUACUGUCUCCCUACACAAAAGGCUCCAGCCUCCUAUACAGGAAGUUUGUACAUCCCACACUGUCUUCAAAAGAAAAGGAGAUUGAUGACUGCCUGGUCCAAGCAAAAGACCGAAGUUAUGAUGCCCUUGUGCACUUCGGAAAGCGAGGCUUGAACGUGGCCGCCACAGCCGCUGUGAUGGCUGCUUCCAAGGGACAGGGCGCCUUGUCGGAGAGACUGCGGAGUUUCAGCAUGCAGGACCUCACCACCAUCCGGGGAGACGGCACCCCUGCUCCCGCAGGCCCACCCCCCGCGGGGCCUGGGCGAGCCAGCGGCAAGCACGGUCAGCCUAAGAUGUCCAGGAGUGCUUCGGAGAGCGCUGGCAGCUCAGGCACCGCCUAGAACCCUUCGCUCUCGCUUCAGGAAGAAAAGUACCUCAUCCUCGGCCACUGAAACCACGUGAGUGAGAUGAACCAAACAGCACCGGAUCCACAGAAUGUUCCUCCUCUGCCUUAAAGAGCUACUCACUAACAACAUGGAAAUCGGCAGGCUGGGCGUGCUGCGUGUGCAGCUCUACAGACAUGGCCUUUUCUCUCUCCCCUCUUCCACUCCUGUGGAUUUUUUUUGUGUUUGUUUGUUUUCUCUUUUCUUUAUUUUGCUGGGGAGAGGUUAAAGGGAAAGGUAGUAGGGUGGGGUGACCUGUAAGUCUUCUGAGGUUAGUAUUUUCCACCAUGGGAUCGUCGUU